AUGUCGACCGACGCUGUCAGCGCUCCAGUCUCGGAGCCUGCACCUGUGCCGGCGCAAUCCACGACUGGUGACCACGACGAGGAGCCGACCCUUGGCCAGAUUGAAUGUGCAAAGCCCGCCUUCCUCCACUCACCCCCCGACAGCAACAAUGCGCCCAAGUCGGAAGCCAGCGACUCUGAGCUCAGCGACCUCGACGACGAUGCCGUUGACCCAUCUGCUGCUCCUGCGACCCAAGAUGAGGCGCCGCCGCCCGAGGACGACAUUGGCGAAGUCCUUCCCGACCACUGGUCCGGGACUGUCCCUGUCUUCAGGCCCACGAUGCAUCAGUUCAAGGACUUCAAGCUAUUCAUGACCAAAGUCGAUCAUUAUGGAAUGAAGUCCGGCAUCGUCAAGAUUAUCCCUCCUCCCGAGUGGAAAGAAAACCUCCCCCGACUCGACGACCUGGUGAAGCAGAUCCGAGUCAGAGAACCAAUUAAACAAGACAUUAUGGGAUCGAAUGGAACCUAUCGCCAAGUCAAUAUUCUUCAUCAAAGAUCCUACAACCUCCCGCAGUGGCGACAACUUUGCGACCAGAGCGAACAUCAGCCCCCAGCGCGGCGAGGCGAGCGCCGAGCCAACGUCGAAAAGCCGAAACCCCGAUCCGCCCCCAAACCUCGUACAGAAGCGAAAUCAACGUCGGCCGGGUCUAGAAAGCGGGGCCGAGGUCGACCGCGCCGGGGUAAGGCCAAGGGCAAGAACCAGGAUGAUGAGGACGAUGCCGAAGAAGAACAAGAGGAAGAGAAGCGACCGAUGACGCCUGUUUCCCCUAAGCCGGCUGCGGAUGCGGACCCCAAGGUCAAGGUCAAGAAAGAAGAAGUCGUCGACUCUGUAGAAGACCCGGGAAUGGAUGUUGACGAAGAUGAGCCACCAACCGUUGGCAGAAUGGGUCGGAUGGGUGGCGCGAGACAAGCAAAGCCAAAGACCCAGACUGUUUCGGCCCGUCGGAAGUACAGCAAGAGAGAAGGGUCCGCCAUGAUUGACGAAAAGGCGUUUGAAGACUUUGACUAUCAGAUGGAUGUCUCUGACUAUACCCCUGAGCGCUGUGAGGAACUCGAGAGGAUAUACUGGAAAACCCUCACGUACGCCCCGCCGUUGUACGGCGCAGAUCUCAUGGGUACUCUCUUCGACGAAUCGACAGAAAUGUGGAACUUGAACAAGCUUCCCAACCUGCUGGACGUUCUUGGGACAAAGGUUCCCGGCGUUAACACGGCCUACCUCUACUUGGGCAUGUGGAAGGCCACUUUCGCAUGGCAUUUGGAGGACGUCGAUCUUUACAGCAUCAACUAUCUCCACUUCGGCGCCCCUAAACAAUGGUACAGCAUUUCACAGGCUGACGCCCGCCGUUUCGAGGCUGCCAUGAAGAACAUUUGGCCCACGGACGCCAAGGCUUGCGACCAGUUCCUCCGUCACAAGGGAUUCUUGAUUUCCCCAUCGCACCUCAAGCAGCACUACAAUAUCACCGUUAAUAAGUGCGUUUCGUACCCGGGUGAAUUCGUCGUAACCUAUCCCUACGGUUACCACUCUGGAUACAACUUGGGCUACAACUGCGCCGAGGCUGUCAACUUUGCGCUCGACUCUUGGCUUCCCAUGGGCAAGAUCGCCAAACGUUGCGAGUGCGCACAGGCGCAAGAUAGCGUGUGGGUUGACGUAUACGAUAUCGAACGAAAACUCCGUGGCGAACCCACUCCCGAGUACGAGGAAACUGACGAAGAAGACGAAGAGGACGAGGAUGAGGAUGAAGACGACGCUACUGGCCUUCCGUCUCCUCCUGGUAGUAACGGCAUUGUCAAGUCGGCUCGCAAACGAAAGCGCGCUGCUGGGGACAAAGAAGGCAGGGCAAAGACCAAGCGGAUUCGUCUCAAGGUCAAGACGCGCGCAGAGCCGACGUGCUGCCUUUGCCCCAGCGAUAUCCCUGGUGCAGAAGUCCUGCCAACAGACGAUGGCCGCAAGGCCCAUCGGAUGUGCGCGCUAUACCUGCCCGAGACAUACAUCGAUACCGUCGACGACAAGGAGGUCAUUGCGAAUGUUGCCAACAUCAACAAGGAACGCCUGGAUCUCAAGUGUCUCUAUUGUCGGUCCAAGAAGGGUGCCUGCUUCCAGUGCUCCCAGAAGAAAUGUGCUCGGGCCUACCACGCCACAUGCGCGGCUGCCGCGGGUGUCUUUGUCGAAGAAGCCGAAGUCCCGGUCUUUGGCGAAGAUGGAACCGAGUACAAGGAGCAAGCGUUCGAGUUCAGCUGUCGCUUCCAUCGUACCAAGCGUGAUAGGAAACAUACUGGUGACUCCUUGGAGGAUGAUGUGCGGAUUCGCGAGGCUGCAGCAGCACUUACCAAGGGCGACAUCUGCCAGCUGCAGUACUUCAAGGGCGACAUCUUUGCCGGUGUCGUGGUUGAGAAUCGCGCCGAUGAGCAGAUGUUCCUCCUUGAUAUCAUUCCUAAUGGUGACCGUCUCGAGGUUGAGUGGAAGUGGCUUCUACUGCCCGACCCAUCUGACUACCACCUUCCAAAGGCGUCUUCCAAGGCUAUCCCGAUGCCAUCAUCGCAGAAGGCAAAGGAACGACUGAAUGCGAAGCGCCCUGCUGAUGAGAUUCCCCGCAAAGAUGCUCCCUUUGUUGAAGGCUACACAUGGGCAGAGUUCCAUCCAUGCAACGAGUGUACUAAUCCAAACCAGACCAAGGUUGAUCUGUCGAAGGACAGCCAAGUCUGGCACUAUCUCGGCAAGACGUCGACGGAGGCGAAGGCACAGUAUUCUGAUGAUCCCGCCAAGCAGCUGCACAAUCCCAAGAGCAACUUUCUUGACACCAUUCCCAAGCCUCCCAAGCCUGUUUCCGCAAGCACGUCGCAUCGCAGGGUGUCGGUUGUUCCCCCACAACCAGCCCCAUUGCCAGUGUUUACGCCUGGAGUCGCUGUUCAGAAUGGGCCCAAGUCGGAGAAGCCAUACGUAUACAAACCCAGGAAACCUGUCGAAACCAACUACGCUGGGACCGGUUCUUUCACCACGCAAAAGUCCACACCCAAGGCUUCUGCGCCCCCGACUCCCGGAGGACAGCAGAUCCACUUCGGAGCUGAUCCUCGAUACCCGAUCCCGGGUACCCAGUUUGUUCAACAGAAGUUUGCUCCCGACGUACAUCAACAAUAUAUGCCUCGUCCCGCUCCAGCUGGGCAGGGCUACUACGAGGCUCCGAACUCGAUGCAACGGUCGAGCCCGUACAGCACCCCGGGACCGCAACCCGUAGUCAGCGCGCGGUCCACGCAACAAACGUGGUCGACGCCGUCGCAGAACUCCAGACCUCCUUUACCACACAGUACUUCGCAAGGCUCAACUCAACAGAACCAUCGGAGAUACUCGGCCGCACCAACGCCUUCUGUUGCUAUGAAAUAUGCAUUCUUCCAGGUUCACCACAACAGAGACUCGAAGACGUACCGAACUCCCUAUGCUCCAUGGGGAGGAUUCACCAACGGAUAUGAAGGUAACCUCCGAGCUCAUCUCAUGAGGACGUCUCCAGAAGCCUUCUUCAAAAACCGGCAAGGCUCCAUUCAGGGAGGCACGCCGACACCCGCUCCGAACACGGGCCCGCAGGGACCUGCUUACGGCGGUCCAUACCACAACACACUCACGAAUGUCAUGCCUCAAGGUUCUAUCGGAAUGUAUGGUGUCAAAACAGCGGCCCCUUAUUCUUCACCAUCGCCGCAGGUCCCUCAGAAUCACGCCAGGACGCCAUCUUACUCAUCGAUAUCUCCCUCUCCUGCAUCAGGCAACUCUCGACCCAGCUCGCAUGGCCAAAGUCAGGGCUGGCAGCCGCAGCAGCCACAGUCGGCGCCGCUACAUCCGGCGAUCCGGCCGCAGUAUGGAGGUUGGGCAAACCAGCCACAACAGCAGCAUCCUCAGCCUCAACACACUCAACCAGCACAAUAUCAACCCUCGCAACAGCCUGUCUCUCAGCAGUCUCCUGCUAGCCAGCCUCAGUCUACCCAGACGAAAUCUCAGCCUGCAGCAAAGCCCGCUGCGCCGAAGGUGCAGUAUAAGAUCCCCGAGAAGCAGACACCGGUUCCCCUCCCGGCCAAGUAUCUCGCAGCCAUGGGCAAGAUGCCUUCGGCUGCUACUCCAUCCAAGACCAGUUCGAAAACAACUGGAGCGUCUGCGCAAGGUACGAACCCACCCCCGGCUGCUCGCCCCGGGAAGGAUGCAACCCAGGAACCGCCGACGGCAGCCACCAAUGGCUAUACCGCGCAAACGGCUUCUCAACCGUCAAAAUCAGCUGGCCCAACGACAGAGACGGCGCCUCCCGUAGCUCAAGCCCCCGUGUCGGUACCGCACACACCAGUGCCGGCUCCAACCUCUCGAAUGCCCUUUACGAAUCAAUCGAUGACUACGGCGUUCCCCCGACAGUCUACCCAGUCUCAAUCUCAGGCUUACGAUACGCCAUCAGCCCAGCCGUUCCCUCCCGCGAGCCGACCACGGACUGAGCAUCUCAACCCAGCAGAGCUCUUGGCCCAAUUUGCCCUCACCCCGCGCGUGAAUCCGCCGACGCCUACAGCACCUUCCCAUCAGUCCGCACCGUCGCCGGUUCCUCUACAGACAGCUGCCAUGCCAGGCUACCAGAGUCACGGUUCAAACUGGGGACCGACGCAGCAGCAGCAGCAGACACAGCAGCCCCAAGCCUGGGCGCCCCCGCCGGGACAUUGGCAGCCUCCACAUCAUCAGCAGUACCACCAGCAUCCUCCGCCACAGCAAUACCAACAGCAUUAUCGACAGCAGAAUCAGCAGCAGCCGCCACCACCGCCGCAACAACAACAUCAAAUGCAAGCGCAGCCAUCGUUACCCCCGCCCCAUCAAACUCCUGAGGACGACGUUCCUCUGCCCGAUGUGCCUACGGACUCAACGGCCAUCGUCGAGAGGAUGAUGCAGAAUCUCCGCCGCGCUGCGUUCCAAGGCUGA